AUGAGCAAUUAUACCACUCCGAAAAUACUGCGUUCCACAGCAAAAUUACCAGAAACACCUGCCUUGGAACGCAUUGGAUAUGGAACAGGUGUCGGUGUAUUCAAUUUGCAAAGAAAAGAUCAGUCUCCGUGGGCAGCAAAAAUUAUCAGUCGUAAUGCUGGUAGAGAUCGCAAACAGUUUAGCAAUCGUUUGCAACUGGAGGCCAAAGUAUUAUCGUCACUCAACCACCCUAAUAUAAUUGGCUAUAGGGCAUUUGUCAAAAGACCUGAUGGCCGAGAAGUACUAUUAAUGGAACAAUGUGAACAAAGCUUAAUCGAUUUGAUUGAAACGCGUAAGGAAGAGAAUCUUGGACCAUAUCCUGUAGAAUAUAUCACAAAAGUUGCUGUAGACAUUGCAAAAGCAUUAGAUUAUUUACAUUCAUCUUUAAUAUUACACGGAGACAUAAAAUCUGGAAAUAUUUUAGUGAAAAAUAACUUUGAGAUUGUAAAGCUUUGUGAUUUUGGUGUCAGUUUGCCAUUAAAAUUUGAUGGAACAUUGCAUAAAAUUAAAGGUUGUAAAGCAUUAUACAUUGGGACUCCUUGUUGGUCUGCUCCAGAAGUAUUGAAGGGUGAAGAAUGUAUGGGGGCCAUCAUCACAAGUAAAGCUGAUAUUUUCAGCUAUGGUUUGGUACUUUGGGAAAUGAUGACUUUAUCGUUUCCAAACUCAAGUACUGCAAUUAAUGAAUCAUAUUACACUGGAUUCAGUGAAGACAUGGACGCCCAUUUAGGUGAAACACCACCAUUGCCUGAUAGUUUGGUAAGUGAUCCAAGAUACAAACAAAUUAUUGAGCUGUUUAAUAUGUGUACAAUGCAAGAUUAUAAAAAGCGACCUACAGCAAAACAGAUUUUACGGUUUAUGGGUAUUUACUAA